AUGAGUUUGUUUGGCGGCCGAGGCCCAACGCUCCAUAUUGAACUUGAAAGCAUACCGCCGGUCUACCACAAGCAGCCAGUGUGCCAUGCCACAACCCCAGGAUACACCGAGACGGACCCGGACGAAUUGAGGAAAUUGUGCGGUCCCAGUACAAGUGGUUUUCAGACUCCAAAGACGGAGCCAACGACCCCAAGCGCUUUGGAGAACAGUAGACCCCCGAGUCCACAGCAGAAUGAAACGACUGCAACUACGGAUGGGGUGCAAGCUGUGGGUUUGAUGCCUAGUGUGAACAGUCCUUCGAUAAACCGCUGGCGUCUCCUCGCAGCUUGCAUGCUCAUCUUCACCAACGGGGUCAGCGACGCUGCACCCGGAGCCUUAAUCCCCUAUAUGGAGAAGCACUACAGCAUCGGCUAUGCAGUUGUGUCUCUUAUUUUCCUGGCGAACGCAGUUGGCUUCGUCACGGCAGCCUUCAUCUCGCAAGCAAUUUACUCCAGGAUCGGGAGGGCGCGGACGCUGCUUAUUGGGGUGCUGCUGCUUGCCGUCGCCUUCUUGGCUAUCUCUUGUGCCCCGCCUUGGGGCGUGGUCGUGGCUAGCUACUUCUUGAUAGGUGCGGGUAUGGCGUUUAUGCUGGCGCAAUGCAAUGUUUUCUGCUCGAGUCUGCAGAACAGUACGACACUAUUUGGAUAUGUCCAUGGCUCAUAUGGCGUCGGCGGAACGAUAUCACCGCUGAUGGCCACCGCAAUGGCGUCGAGAGGGGUCAAGUGGUCACACUUCUACUUGAUCCUUCUCGGCCUCUCGGUGGUAAACGCUAUCUUCGUCCCUUCGGUUUUCAGGGGGAGUGAGAAGGACAGCCCCAUCCCCGUGGCGGCCCAGAUUGGAGGUAGUGCUAUGUCGAAGAGAGAGGUUUUAAAGAAGAGUAUGAAGAAUAAAUAUGCCUUAUUAACGUCGCUGUUUAUUUUUGCGUACCAGGGAGCUGAAGUUGCAAUUGGGGGCUGGACCGUGUCCUUCCUGAUCGCAUCAAGAAACGGAGAUCCUGCUGAAGUGGGUUAUGUCGUCUCUGGUUUUUGGGCAGGUAUCACACUCGGCCGCUUCGCCCUCUCCCCCGUGUGCCACCGCUUUGGCGAAAAGCGAUCAGUCUACUGCCUUAUCCUUGGCUCGGCGCUCUUCCAGGUCCUCGUCUGGACGGUUCCCAGCAUCAUAUCCAAUGCCGUGUUUGUCACCAUCGUCGGGAUCCUUUUGGGACCCAUAUAUCCGUGCACCAUGACGAUCGUCACACGGCUGAUCGAUAGCCACUUACUUGUCACCUCCCUAUCGCUCAUAUCUGCUAUUGGAUCAUCCGGCGGUGCGGUUGCGCCAUUCACGACGGGACUGUUGGCGAGUCGCUUUGGGGCGUGGGUGCUCCAUCCGGUCAGUAUUGGGCUGUUUGUCUUUAUGGAGGGUAUUUGGUGGACGUUACCGACAGUUAGAAAACGGUCAGAGUAG